UCGGUGACUGGAACCAUAUGGCGUGUGUCAGGUUAGCCUAGCCAUUCCAUUACGCCAACGGCCAUCCCGAAGCCAUACGGACCAUCUCGUUCCUGUUCAUCUUCUCCACGUAGCCAGUGCCCUCCAGUCCAGUCUUAUUGCUGCCGGGCCGGCGCCAAUGGCCGCAGCCUCCUCCGUCGUGGAGCUCUGCACGUUGGCGAUCGCGAAACUCGACGCCGCCACCUCGGCGAAGUUCUUCCACGACGACGACGGAACCGGAGCCGGAGCCAUCACCACCUUCUCUUGGCCCGAGGCGGAGAGGACGCCGUCGAGGCUCACCAGCCAUACCGCGCUCCAAGCACUCUGCGAAAAGCACCAGGUCCCGGCUGACUACAUUCCUAUCAGUCUCGACAGUUGCUGGGUGGCCUGCCGUCCGCCGCCGGAGGGCUCUAACGCCAUCUGCGUCUACGCCGACGCGCUCGAGGCCGGCAUGAGGAUUCCGCUCCAUGAGUUCUACGUGGCGGUUCUUGGGCACUUCGGCCUCGCGCCCGACGCGUGGCGCUACAUGGCCGCCUUUGUGCUGCUCUGCAAGGACGCCGGCGUCGAGCCCACGCUGCGCGCUUUUCGCUCCUUCUUCUCCAUAUGCACCCACAAGGGUGACUACGCGGGGUGGUACCACUUCAGCUGCAGGCCCUACUUCGAGUCGCGCUCCGGCGUCACGACCGGCCUCUUCGCUGGCAAGAUGCCAAGAUCCGCUGGGUGGCAGUACAGGUUCUUCCACCUCCAGUCCCCAUCGACGAUGCCUUGGCCAUGCGCGGUGAAAUGGGGAAAGCCAAGCAGAGCAGCUGUCCGCUUGCCGGAGGUGACAUGGGAGGACACGGUCGUGAAAAGGCUGUUGGAGAGGGCGGGCGGCUCGGCCAUUGAUGUCAUAGAGUUUCUCUCCCGGCGCAGUCCGCCCGUCGUCGCCCCGCCGCAAGACGCUCUUCUGAGAGACAGAGUUCGACUUACCUUCACCCCGCAGCACAAGCACAAGCACAAGCACAAGCUGAUGAAGGUGGGAGCCGCCGCCGCCAUAGCAGGGCCGCCGGCGCCGCCGCCGCAGCAGCAGGAAUCAACGAGGAAGCGCAAAUCCUAUCCCUCGACGCACACGCGGGGAUUGGUCGAUUGCAUCGCGGAGGCGUCAGAGUUGGCGAAGGACACCAUGGCAGAGCUUGAUGAGAAGGGGAAGGAGCUGCGGGAGACCAGAGGGGAGGUCGCCCACCUCAAGGAGCAGCGGCGCGCCAUGAGAGACGAGCAUGCUGGCGACGUCGCUCAGCUCAAGGAGGCGGCGAGCGUCGCAAAUGCUCACCACGCGGCCGAGGUCCGCCGACUCGCGGACGAGCAUCGCAAGGCACGCACCGCGCAUGGCGAGGAGGUGAAGGCAGAGCGCGCGUCCGUGGUCGCUAAGCUCCAGGAGGAGCACGCAGCUGCAGUCGCAGAGCUCACAGAGAACCUCAACAAGGAGCAUGCUGCCGCUGUCGCUCGGCUCAAGGAGAAGCACGCGGCCGAGGUCGGCCGACUAGCCGACGACAAGGCAGAGCGCGCGGCCAAGCUCCAGGACGAUGUCGCUCGGCUCAAGGAGGAGCACGCGGCCGACGUCGCCCGCGUGAAGGACGCUGCGGACAGGGAGGUGCAGGAUGCCAAGAAGAACAUCGUGCUUCGCCUCUUCCCGGAACUGGACGUCUCACUGCUGGAACGACCAAAGCUCAAGGGAGAUCUCGCUGCUGCCGGAACGCUCAAAGCUCAGGGGAGAUCCUGAUGAAACUGCAGAUCGAUCAGUGGAAUCAUGAACCAUUCCAUAUUUUGUUGACGGCCUUCCUUCGUCAAGAGGUUGAGUUCCUAAAGGCUACUAGGAGAAAUGAAGCCUGUUCUAACGACGUAGUAUAUGGUGACUGGCCAUCGUGAAGAUGAUUUUUGGCACCGCCAUCGUGUGGUUACUUUUGGAAGUACAUGUCAUCAGUUUAGUAUGUUCUUCUCAACUAGUAUGUAUUAGGCCUUGUUUAGCUCAAAAAAAAUUGCAAAAUAGGAAUAAUAUCCCUUUCGUUUGUAUUUGAUAAAUAUUGUCCAAUCAUGUACUAACUAGACUCAAAA